AAAAUAUCAACAUGAAAUAGCAAAAAAAGAUAAGGUAAAUAUAAAUAAUAUAAUUAGAAAGGCUCAGCGACGCAUUAUCUAAGUAAUAUAAAUUAUUAAGGAAGAUUGCUUAGACUCAUGGGUGAAUACUAACGAGUAUUUAUUAACGAAAUUCAGCACAUCUUCUUGUGGGAUUUUUCAAGCUCCAGGAUCUAUGCUAGAAGCUCUUUUAAAAUCUGAAUGAAUUUAACUUCUACUUAUAUUUAUUUAAUUAAUUAAGAAAAACAGACAAGUUGGACAAAGUGGAUUGCCAAAAUUAAAUGUUCAAAUGAUAUAAAAGCAGGAGAACAAAUGGG